CCCGACCAUCCUAACUCAGUCAGUGGGUCCAGAGAGCAAUCAUGUGGUGGGUAUUGAUACUGUAUCAUAUGUAUACACAAUAUAGAUCUUGAUGAUAAGAUGACCUACAUUGAUAUUGUAUACAGCCGAAAACAUCGAACUGUCAGAUCACCAUCCAUGGGCAGGGAGUUUAGCGAGAUAAAAUGGACUUCAGGCCAUACAAACUGGACACUGACAGAGGAGGGAGGAAGUUGAUCGGGCUUCUGUUUCUAUCUGGUAUCUUCCUGGUCUAUUAUUUUUACCAGGAAACAUUUUCCGCUCCCCAAGUUAUCCGUCAUGUACCUAGGCGCUCACCCACUGUUGUCCUACGGAAGCUGCACUGGGCUGGAGUUGGGGACCCGGGCUCAUUGGCGAGCGAUGAUUUGGUCCUCCGUCAGAACUCCACACAAGCUCUAGGCGAUGACGACGACACGGAGUGUAGAGAAGUUUUGAACCAGAAGAAAGACGAGAGAUGUGACUUUGUGAAGCGGACAGACGACUGUCAGAUCGAUGAGGGGUUCUUAGACUACACACAGUUUGUAUACUGUGACUUUGGCUAUGCUGGACAUAUAGAAGUGUUACCCAUGAUCCUUCUGUUUCUGUGGUGGAUAUUCCUGUUCAUAGGCCUUGCUGUCACUGCUGAUGACUUUAUGAAUGUCUCUGUUUGUUUCAGCUUCUGCCCGGCCUUAUCAGUGAUCUCAGAGACCAUGCACCUCAGUCACAAUGUAGCUGGUGUUACUUUCCUGGCGUUUGGUAAUGGUGCUCCUGACAUUUUCUCUGCUAUUGCUGCCAUUGGUAAUGCCAAGAAUGGUGACGCUGGAUUGGCUAUCGGAGCAUUGUUUGGUGCUGGUGUGUUUGUGACGACGGUUGUUGCUGGAUCCAUUGCCGUCAUCUGUCCAUUCCAGGCGAUGCAGCGUCCAUUUCUCAGGGAUGUGAUAUUUUACCUCGCUGCUGCCUUCUGGAGCUUCACCAUUCUGUGGAAGAAGGAGAUCAAGAAAAUAGAGGCUAUAGGUUUUAUACUGAUGUAUGUUGUCUAUGUACUGGUGGUAGUGUUUGGACGCUAUAUUUACCAGAAGUACAAGACGGCAGUUCCCUUACAAAAUGGUGAGGUGAGGGAUGAAGAGGAGGAUCCAUUUGAAACACUUCCGAGUAAGCAUGGCAGCUCAGUUGUGCCAACAUUCAUGUUCUAUAGCGAAAUGAGAAAAAAUUACAUCCAUGUUAAAAUUACUUUUACCACAGAGCGGGACCCUCUCCUAGAAGACAGAAUAAACCGGUCUGUAGAGGAAGAGGAUGGCGCAGAAGAGAAAGGUGCAUUUCGGGAGUUCCUAGCAGCCAUUAACCCCAUAGACAAAGACAAGUGGUCCCAAAUGAAAAUAUACUCAAAAGUUUAUGAGGUUUUCAAGGCCCCAAUUAUGUUCCUACUCAUCAUCACAGUGCCUGUAGUAGACAAAGAAGAAGACAAACAUAAGUGGAACCGAUACCUCAAUUCACUGCAGUGUUUCACUGGACUACUGUUUUCUUCUCUGGCUACCAAAGUUGGCUUUGAAACAAUCGGCGGCACAUUCCCACUGUGGGCACUCGGCCUCAUCAUAGGGGCCGGCCUGUCACUUCUUGUGUUUUGUACCUCAAAGGAUGAUGUACAACCUAGAUAUCAUGCAGUAUUUGCCUAUCUUGGAUUCCUUGUUGCCUGUAUAUGGAUUUACUCGGUUGCCAAUGAAAUCGUCAACAUUCUUCAGACGUUUGGGAUCGCACUCAAUAUCAGUAAUGCUAUUUUGGGACUGACACUGCUUGCCUGGGGAAAUAGUAUUGGCGAUCUGAUCGCUGAUACUGUUAUGGCUAGACAGGGCUAUCCUAGAAUGGGGAUAUCAGCCUGUUUUGGUGGACCACUGUUCAAUCUACUCCUCGGUAUCGGAAUACCGUUCACUGUAGCAACAAUUAAAAAUGGUGACAACUAUCAGCUCGAGAUAACAUUCGAAGAGGUUGUGUUAGCCGCAUUCCUCAUGCUGAGCCUGAUAGUGUCUCUUACGAUCGUUCCAUUAUCCAAAUUUAGAAUGUCUCGCAUGUACGGCAUUAUUCUUAUAGUGCUCUAUGUCGUAUUUCUGAUUGUGGCUAUUUUAGCCGAAACUAAUGUUAUUGAUGUGAAAAUAUGAUUCUCGUGCUAUUUAAAGUUAUGCAAAACACAUUAAAACGAUUCAUAUUUGUAGUGACUACGUCCUGUUGUAGGGAUUUUACCAUGGCACUAUGUAAGCUGAUAGUAAAGCAAAUCGUGUAUUAUCGGUUAUGGGAUUUUAAUGUGUUUUAAUUUAUGAUUGAUCAGAAUGAUAUAUCGAAACCAAACACCUUGCUUACAUGAGCAUAAUGUUCAAUGUAAAGAUAAGGAUUCACAGCGAAAAUUUACUUGAUACAUGUUCUGCUGUCAUUAACAGCAUAUUUUGUUAUUGUAAUAUCAAAGUCACAAACAGCAGACCGGAGUUAUAUGAAAUUCUACCAUGUUUGCUAUGCAACACCAGUUUUGAUUGGUUUAAAACCAUGUAUUAUUUUCCAAUAACCCAUGCUCGUGCCAAUAAUACACGGUCGGCAGU